UCUCCGUCUUGCCGGUUUUUCGUGAUAUCUUGACCGAUUUUGUCCUUUCUUCGUGCCAAAUAUUGUGUUUUAUGGUCAUUGGUGAAACAAUACUGUGAUAGACGAUGGCAGGGGUGUUCGAUUUCGAGCUCCACGAUGGUCCCGGCGAUACAGAAGAAAUAUCAGACGAGGAAUUCCCGGAAGAUGCAGAGGCCGAAUUCCUAGAAAGUGGCCCAAACAUAGACUUAGAGAAUGAAUAUUUAGAAACCUUAGAACUAUCAGAAAUGACGGUCAAUCCUGGUCAGAUGACAGUUGGUCCACAAGAUUUUGAACUGCUGAAAGUGUUAGGAAAAGGAGGUUAUGGAAAGGUCUUUCAAGUUCGAAAGAUUACAGGACAAGACAAAAACAAAAUAUUUGCCAUGAAAGUAUUGAAAAAAGCCACAAUAGUUAGAAAUGCCAAAGAUACAGCACACACAAAAGCAGAACGAAAUAUUCUGGAGGCCGUACGGCAUCCAUUUUUAGUCGACUUAAUCUAUGCCUUCCAGACGUGUGGCAAAUUAUAUCUAAUAUUAGAAUAUUUAAGUGGUGGGGAAUUGUUCAUGCAAUUAGAAAGAGAAGGAAUAUUUAUGGAGGACACAGCGUGCUUUUACUUAGCAGAGAUCACAUUAGCCAUUGAACAUUUACAUAGUCAAGGAAUCGUGUAUAGAGAUCUAAAGCCAGAAAAUAUUCUUCUAGAUAUGGAUGGUCAUGUAAAACUAACCGACUUUGGUCUCUGUAAAGAAUCAAUUCACGACGGAUCAAUAACGCAUACAUUUUGUGGAACUAUAGAAUACAUGGCACCAGAGAUUUUAACAAGAAAGGGUCAUGGGAAGGCUGUGGACUGGUGGAGUUUAGGAGCAUUGAUGUACGACAUGUUAACAGGAGCACCGCCGUUCACAGCUGAGAACAGGAAAAAGACAAUAGACAAGAUUCUUAAGGGUAAAUUUAGCUUACCCCCAUACCUCACCCCAGAUGCCAAAGAUCUUAUUCGGAAGUUACUGCGGACUAAGGUUGAUGAUCGAAUUGGAAGUGGACCCGACGAUGCUACACCAAUCAAGCGCCAUGCGUUCUUCCGGCAGUUGCGAUGGCCAGACGUCAUUGCCAGGAGAAUCGAGCCACCAUUCAAACCUACGCUGGCAGGCGAUGAAGAUGUCAGCCAAUUCGACACAAAGUUCACCAAACAGACGCCAGUAGAUUCCCCUGAUGAACAUGAGCUGAGUGAGAGUGCAAAUCAAGUGUUCUUAGGUUUCACAUACAUCGCCCCAUCUGUUUUGGAGGAAAUGACCAAGCCCUGGAUCUCUGUGAAAGAAACUCGAUCGCCUAGGAAAAUAGGACAAAGUCCGAGGACGCCAUUAAGUCCAGGAAAGGAUCAUCCACUAGCUGGAUUUGCAAUCAGCAAGGACAUGCAGAUGGAUGAAAUGAAUGAAGAAGAAGCCAUGGAUACGUCAUCUAGUCUUCCGCGUCCUAGCACCGGGGCCACAAGAUCCCCAGCCAUCGCUGUCAAGAACACUGCAGGGGGUCCGAAAACUGGUGCCUUCCCGGUCAACCAGAAUCGACCGCAUCAUUUACGAAUGACGGUCGAAAAUUGUGUUCAGAAAUUUUUCUCAAAAAUCACAAAAAAGCCCAAACAAGAUAAAAGCCCAAAAAAGAAAUAAGCGAUCUCAUCUCGUUAAAGUAGUUUGAUCUGGAUUGGAUAGUUGGAUCUGGCCUAACUUAUUUCAUAGAUGUAGUUUACCCAGGAUGCAGUUUGUGAUUAGACGGCCAAGGUAAGGUUUUGUAAAGAGUGAACGCAGGAUACCAAGGCCAUGCCAUAUUUGCUGUGUAUCCUAGGUAGCCCUUGGACUCUUUCUCUAAGGACGAUGAUAUCGAUUUUUGAAAAGUUCUUGCUAUUCUCCCUGUCCAUGAUACAAACUUUGUGUCUUAAUUGGGAAAAUAAAAAGACUAUUGAAGCGUUGACAGUGCUCUAAUCGGCACCAAAAUGAUCACCAGCACUUGAUCCUGUUGACACAAAAUCAAAAUGACAGUUUGGGAAGAAAGUAAGAAAUGUCCACAAUAUAGUUUGGCUUUUCUAUCCUCUGCAUCCCUGGACUGGCUCAGGAGCCUUGCCAGAGGAUUAUAAGUUACUCAGUUCCUUGUUCCCUGAAUCUCAAAUGAUUAAGCAAUUCCAAAAAGAUCUUGUCUCUUUCAUUAUCAGAACUCGUCCUUGAGAAGGAAGUCCAAGUUGUUAUUCUUUGCUUUUCUGUUAUGUAUUUAUUUCUAAAACUUAAUUUGUGCUGUAGUCAUACAAUGUAGUCUUAUAUAAGAAACACCUGCAGAAAGAUCAAGAUGAUAGACAAAUUUAGUUCUUGAUUUAGAAAAGUAUCCUUGUUGAGAGUAGCUGAAGUAUUAAAAUCUUCCCAUGAAGAUGAUUUGGUAUCAAACAGAUGUUAUGGACAAUUUUGAUUUGACCCAUCUUAAUGGCAGGUCAUGACUUUGGCUGACAGAAACACCACUACUGAGCACUGAACAAAGACCGGUUGCCACAUAUGACUACCUCCCUUCUUGCUUGUAGUACUUGCAGUAGUUCUAAUAAAGAUUCAGAAAUGUCAGAUAUUUUCUGAAAUACAGAGCCUCUUGCCAUCAAUAAAUCUAGUUCUAGGGCUGUGCAGGAGUCGUCUGUCUUCAUCGAAUCGCUAAAGUGCCCUGGAAUAAAAUUGUGAUGUAUAAGAUGACGAGAGAAUACAUGAAAGAGAAAACGUUCUUAUCACAGCCUGUGAAUGGAUCUGUCCUAACCUCUGUAUGUUCAUUGUUGUAAUCUUUCGUUAUGGUCAAUGGUAUGAUAGGUGAUAGAUGACAUCAGACUGUUUUACCAAGUUGAUUUCUUUGUAAGAUUUUAUACUAAGUUUCUGCAGUAUUCUCAGGGUACAGUGUCCGAAUUUGAAUGAUCUUCAUUUGAUCAUUUAAACUGGUGUAUGCUGUUAACUGGUUGUGACUUUAAUUGGGAUUCAUUUGUUGUGUUUCAAAAACAUUUUCUGAUGUUUUGGUACGGUAGCCUCCUGGAACAUACCUGUACCUUGUGGGAUGUCUCCAAAAUGGGACCUAAGUAACUACAAAACCCUCCAUUUACACCAUCAUGCCUUGUAUUGACCCUUGACGUUUUCCACGUCUGUGUCUUCAUACGCACACAAACAUUUGAGUGUCAAUGACAAGCAGACGACAUCAUCACCGCAACAAUGUACGCAAACACGUGGCCAUGGAAGGCUAAACAAUGAUGGUCCAACAGUUCAUCGAUGUUGUCUCUGGCUGUGACCUCGUACACGUUUUGAGCACCGUUCCACAGACGUCACAUCAUUGUUUUGCUGUCUCUGUUCACAUGUUUGCCGUCUAUAAUAUUGCAACACUUCACAUCGUCUCUGGGCAAGACUGUAUCUGUUCUGUAUUGUACAGUUGAGUGUGAGUUGAUCUUUGAUGCAAAGUUGCAGAGUUGCAGAGCAACAUGUUCUUAUUGUGAUCUGAUUAUAAAGCACACUGGGCAUUUGAGCAACUUGAUGUGUCGUUUGGGUGAUGUCUCUGUCAAGUUAUUGGUCCUACCCCUGUUGUUGGUAUUGUUAUGUGAAGGCAAUUUAACAAUGUUUAGUAUUUCAUAGUACAUGUUCAAUUAUGUGGUGCUGCAGCAAAGCCUUGCAUGAGAAUGGCAGUUCCUAUAUUUGCAUAUUUGCAUUGUACGAAAGAGUACAGAGAGAACAAAAGAGUACAAAAUUUGACCCAAUAUUCUGUUAAAUGGUAUCUAAUCUGCUACUGGCAUUCAUAUCAUAUUUCACUCACACUACAUGUAUAAAGUGGCUUAAUUUUAUUUGAAGGUUUAGAACCAAAAAAUAAAGGCCAAAGGGUAUAAGCCAGUUUGUCUUUUGUUUUUGCACAUACAUUUGUUGUGUUAACGUAAGUGAAAUUUUGAAUUUGAAUGAGUGGGGUCUGUAUUUGUAAAUUACAAGGUGCUAUAUGUUCAUGAUAUUGCAGGGUUGUUAGUGUUACGCAUGAAAGUCACUUAAUGCUUAAAAAUGGCUGUUUUUGUCACCGAUGGCCACAAGAUUUUUCCAAUUAUCUGCUUCUUGUCACAAGCAGUUAGCCAUUUGGUUGACGAAAAUUCCCUGAUUUUCAAUGCACUGAUGAGCAUAAAUUCUUUUGAUUCUAUUGGCUGGAAGGUUAAUAAUAAUACGUGUAUUGGCAAAGAGCUACAUGUAGGAGCUAGCGUCACUUUGCGAGCACUGAACUUGAGUCUGAAGCCAAAUUGACUGUUGAUUUUCACUUUGUUGCUGUAUCCGUAGAAUCUUGGUCCUAUCCAAGUUAAGAAAAAAUAGAGGUUUUGUAAGUCUCCAUUUAAAGCAUACAUUGUAGCAACCCUGCUCACAGGUACAAACACUCCUAAAUGGACCAAGUAAGCCCAUAAAAAGGUAGUUCAUUUCAUCUGUCGCAUAUGCCUUGUAUAGGAAUAUUUCCAUCCAGGUAAAUCACCUCAUCCAAAGGGUCUUAUGUGAUGAAUGAGGACUCAUAGUGUGUUCCAACUUAUGCUCAAAGAUCAUUCUUGUGUUUGCAACAAGUACUGUCAAGUCCUGAAUUUUCAUGCACCUCUGUAAUGGUUAUAUUGCAUAUAAAAAUGUAACUCGUUUUCCUUCAUGGUUUGGAAAUAUUGUCGGUUUUUGGCUGCAAAAUCUUUAUUUUCCUUCUCUAUUAAAAACGUUGGUGAAGGAAUUCUUAUGACACUUAGAAUGUCAAUGAUGAGAGGUCUGUCCAGAUAUGCCGAACUUGGAUGGAAGGAACCUUCCACCAGAUGCGUAAAAAAGGUAAACUGACCUGGAUUUAAAAUGAUCUUUGAUCUGCAACGCGUCUGCUUGUUUUUGUGAAUGGUCCUUGGGUGGUUGUAACGUUUGCGAAAAUACAUGUAUUUCAUUUGUACAUUUCAGUCAAUUAAAUCAAUUAUGGUUAAUUGAUAUCAAUUGAUACUUUAAUUAACAUGGUAUUAUUUUAAUCAAGACAAAUGAUUGCUGAAAGCAGAAAAAACAUUUUAUUCCUGAUUCAGAUUUUGAAAUAAAUAUCAAUAUCUACUUAGAA